AUGGAGAAGGUCGAGAGGAAGCCAGGCUACUUUGCAAGGCUGAAGAGGCGGAAGCAGCUCAAACAGCAGGAGAAAACUGUAAGCGACCAAAACCCGUCAGUCAUCUCUAGUGACAACAUGACAAACGGCACAAACCAAAGCAAAAGGGAAGAACCACAGAAGAUGGGAGAAAAGCCACUAGCAUGCUCCAAUGGAGGCAGCAAAAGCAAUGAGUCAAAGUGGGAGAAGAGAAAGCCUCCCGGAACCGUGGAGUUCAUUGUCGGACCAAACGAUUCACUUAAUAGUAUUGCUCUGAAUUUUAACAUCACUCCAAACAAACUGGUCCAGCUGAAUAAGCUUUUCUCCCGUAGUAUUUAUCCUGGCCAGAGACUAUUUGUUCCUGAUCUGAGCCUGUCGGACCAAACCCCCUCAUCAACCAGUUUAACUGUGCCAUCACAAGAUGGCCUCCCAGACUGCAGGUCGGUCAAGACGAUCCAACGUGAGCUCUCCCCUAAUUCUGAAGACGACAGCCCAGCGACCGUCAAGUUUAUCAAAAUGAGCUGCAAAUACUUCACAGACGGCAUGGGUGUGGUGGGAGGCGUGCUGAUCGUGACCCCCAACAACAUCAUGUUCGACCCGCACAAGUCGGACCCGCUGGUGAUUGAGCACGGCUGUGAGGAGUACGGCCUGAUCUGCCCCAUGGACGAGGUGCUCUCUGUCGCCCUCUACAGCGACGUGUCCCGCAUGAGGCUCAAGGACGUCCUGCCAUCGGAGCGAGCUGAGGAUCUCUGUCCCGUGUACAGGCCUGGGGAGUGGGAGCAGCUUCCCUCCGAACGCGACUUGAACCCUUUUAGUCGUUACGAGGCUCAAAACCCAAAGAGAGCUAUUGUUUUGGACGACAUCGAAUCAACCCUGUCUGAAACGGUUAGUACAGUCGGAGAUCUAACUGAGAAGUCUCCAUCGGACGAAGGGUUCACUGAGCUAGAGCCAACGAUAAACGGCAGCACGGAAUGCAGCGAAGGGCCAUCGAUAUCUUUAACUUCUGGUAAAGACCAAAAUGAGCCCCCGGGACAGCUCUCUCCAGUCCAGGACAAACCAGCGCUUUGUGGGACCAGGGGGAAGCUGGAUGAAGAGGAAGACGAGGGUGUUGCCCAGAACAGCACCAUGGAAGACCGGUCAAUGCAAUCUUUAUUAGACACUUUCAAACAGGGCGAGAAACCUGAACGCGAAUAUGUGGCCGAAGCCAAAGACGCUCAAUUUGUGGACCACAAAAAGCUGGAGAUUUUAAAAAAAUUUGAAGGGAAUAAGACGACGGAUGAAAAAACUGUUACUGCUCAAGGGAAGCUGUCAAAUCUCCCUGAAACCAGCGUCAAAACUGAGGCGGUUACAUGCAGACCAGCAGAAGGAAAUGAACUCAGUGAGGAGGAAAAACGGAAGAGAAACUAUGAGGCAGAGGUGAAAUCGUGGCUGCGGCAGAGGAUGCAGGCCCCGAUUGAAGGGAUGCUUCUGACGUCCGAAGAAAAGAGCAAAAACCCUCCCAUGUUUCUAUGCUUUAAAGUGGGAAAGCCCAUGAGGAAAUCCUUUGCUAGCGGAAUAACCUCCAGCCCUGUCCACACACGGGGAGGCUGGGGGAGACAGCCGGAGUAUUGGUUUGCUGUGCCCCAAGAGAGGGUGGACCAUUUGUACUCAUUCUUUGUGCAGUGGUCUGAUGUGUACGGCAAAGAGGCCCGGGAGCAGGGCUUCGUUUUGGUGGAGAAGGACGAGCUGGACAUGAUCGACAACUUCUUUGGAGAUCCUGCUUCUUGUAGCUGGGAGAUAAUCACUAUUAACGAGGCCAAGCGGAGGCAGAGUUUUGGGAGCUGCGAGGCUGACUUGGCUCUGGACAUACUGCCUUUGCUCACCGACACCAGUGACCUAUUGGAAGACACCCACAUUGAGAAACUCGCCUGCCGGUUGCCUGCGCGGGUGCAAGGUUACCCCUGGAGACUGGUUUAUAGCACCGAGAAACACGGGACAAGCCUGAAGACUCUCUACCGGAGCCUUUUGGACGUGGACAGCCCGGUCUUGCUUGUCAUCAAAGACAUGGAUCACCAAAUAUUUGGAGCCUUUUCAACGCAUCCAUUUAGAGUCACAGAGCACUUCUAUGGCACGGGAGAAACAUUCCUCUACAGCUUUUGUCCAGAAAUCAAGGUUUAUCGCUGGACUGGGGAGAACUCUUACUUUGUCAAAGGGAAUAUUGACUCAUUGCAAAUGGGAGGAGGGAGCGGCCAACUGGGUCUGUGGCUGGAUGCUGAACUCUACCGGGGAACUACCACUAAAUGCGCAACCUUCAACAACCCGCCACUGUCCGCUCAGCAAGACUUCAACAUCCACAGCCUGGAGGUCUGGACUUUUGAGUAG